GCCAGUUCCCCAUCCCCACCUCCAGACGUUCGAGUUCCUCCGAGAGGACGACAAGCAGAGGAGGCGUAACUCUAAUACCCAAAUUCCGUCUAGUUUCUCCUUCAAUUCCCAACACCCGGCCGAAAUCUGAAGCGCCGAUGGAAUCCGGAUCGAUGGUCGAUAGCGUCUCCUUCAAUCCCUCCGGCGACGCCAACAACGCAUCCCCGUGGCCAUCCUCGAUUCUCCUCGCCCAGGAGGCGUACGUCGUCAUCAGCAGGAACGACACCACGGCCUCAGCCAAAUCGAGGGCCGACCAUACCGUGGAGGUCACCUUCUGGGUUGCUGACCCACCGGCCGUGUCCUUCUAUACCUUCCACUGCUCCAAGCCCCCCGUCUCCGAUUGCGAGGACGCCGACUUGGAAGUUCAGCCGCAUGUGGUCGGCGCACAGGGCCGAUUCAUUCUUCUCCGCACCCGCUUCGCUUCCGGCGACGACGAGGAUGAAUACUUCAUCUACAAAGGCGACCCGGAGUCGCCGUCCCUCGAAAGCAUCCCACUCCCCGAUGAUGAUAGGCUGCGCGGAGUCAGCGAGUUUGGAAUUGUGCCCCGCGGUGACGGGGGCCAUUAUCUCCUUGUCGCCCUCUGUUACACGGCGAAAUAUUUGGAUUACAGGCUUCACAUCUUCUCGUCUGAGGAUAGGACAUGGAGGACUAAGGAACUGCUCAAUCCAUGCCCUGGAGUCCACACAAUUAUACCUGCGAAGGUGUUCAUGCUGCAAGAUGGGAUGCUAUGCUGGGUUGAUUUCGUGCAAGGCUUGCUGAUGUGUGACGUACUUCAAGAACCCCUUCAUGCACACUACAUUCCAUUGCCCGAGUUCUUACCUGAAAACAGACCAAAAGGGAAGCAAUAUGUCUCAGGAGCUAGUGCCAGGCGUUUUCGAGAUGUCGCUUGCGUUGAUGGUAUGAUCAAGUUUAUUGAGAUGGAACACCGCGUGAUCACGGAAGAGAUUAUAGAUGUUCCUGCUGAAAAGCCGUUUAACCCCCGCGACAAGGAUGUGCUCUACGACUCAGACUUGAUCAUGCUGAGCAAGCACAAAGAUGUGGACAUCAAGCCCAAAAUUCUGCGUUCAGUGAAUGGUUGGAGUGCCAUGACAUGGACUAGGGAGGUAGGGUCCAACUGUUGGCUCAAGGGAUGUGCCGUUGAUGUUGAUGACAUUUUGGUUGACCACUCUGUUCGUCUGGCAAGUUACAGCCCUUGGAGCUUGAAAUUCAAGAACAACUUAGCUUAUCCCACCCUGAGCACAGAUGCUAAUGACCUUGUUUACCUCCAGUCAUCCAUGAUUUUGAGAAAUCCAAAUAGAUUGGCACGGGUAGUUGCUGUUGAUCUUGCAGAGAAGACAUUGAAAGUGAAAGCACUUGUGGGAUAUCCUUUUGGAAGAAGAUACGACCCUUCCGAGCAAAUAUUCCAUCCCUGUGCAUUAUCCAACUAUCUGAAAAGGACUAAAGGCAUUAAACUCUCAGAAAGCGAGAUCACACUGGGGAGCUCUUCAAAUGAACCAAAUAAUACAGUUGUCUGUGUGGGUGAGCCUGAUUCCUAUGAAUCUGAGAACAAACGUCCAAGGAUGAUGGUGAAGAAUCAGAGGACCUUCACAUAGUUCAGGAACAUGCCAUGCCGUCGCUAGAGGCAGUUUUUCAGAAUCUGGAGCGUUAAGCUGCUGUUGGUCGUCGCUUAAAUUUGUGUUAAUCUCAGAACUUGAUAGGAUUUGAAAACUUGAGGUUAUCAUUAGCGAGUUUUUUUAUAGUGACGUGGCGUCAUGGAUGAAUCAAAGAUGAAGAUUUAUACAAAAUUGUGUUCUCAGCUAUUGUCCUACGUCAUUCGUUUGUAAUUCAUUCGUCUGCAGAUUCUUUGUAUAAUAGUUUGGUGCUAGCUGAUGGCUCGCAAAUUCAAUUUGAAACCGGCACUCAUGAAAUGUCACUC